ACUGAUUGGUCGAUGCCCAUAGAGGGUUACAAUUCAAACGCGGGCGGGCGGGCCCGCAGCCCUGCAGUUGCAGUCGUGUUCUCCGAGUUCCUGUCUCUUUGCCAGCGCCGCCCGGAUGGCCUCCCAAAACCGCGACCCAGCCGCCACUAGCGUCGCUGCCGCCCGUAAAGGAGCCGAGCCGAGUGGGGGAGCCGCCCGGGGCCCCGUGGGCAAAAGGCUACAGCAGGAGCUGAUGACCCUAAUGAUGUCUGGCGAUAAAGGGAUUUCUGCCUUUCCUGAAUCAGACAACCUUUUCAAAUGGGUAGGGACCAUCCAUGGAGCAGCUGGAACAGUAUAUGAAGACCUGAGGUAUAAGCUCUCGCUAGAGUUCCCCAGUGGCUACCCUUACAAUGCGCCCACGGUGAAGUUCCUCACACCCUGCUACCACCCCAAUGUGGACACCCAGGGUAACAUAUGCCUGGACAUCCUGAAGGACAAGUGGUCUGCCCUGUAUGACGUCAGGACCAUUCUGCUCUCCAUCCAGAGCCUGCUAGGAGAACCCAACAUUGACAGUCCCUUGAACACGCAUGCUGCCGAGCUCUGGAAAAACCCCACAGCUUUUAAGAAGUACCUCCAAGAAACCUACUCAAAGCAGGUCACCAGCCAGGAGCCCUGACCCAGGCUGCCCAGCCUGUCCUUGUGUCAUCUUUUUCAUUUUUCCUUAGAUGGUCUGUCCUUUUUGUGAUUUCUGUAUAGGACUCUAUCUUGAGCUGUGGUAUUAUUUUUGUUUUGUUUUGUCUUUUAAAUUAAGCCUCGGUUGAGCCCUUGUGAUGUAUAUUAAAUAAAUGCAUUUUGGUCAUUUUUUUAGACAA